UUUCGAGCAGAUGCGCACAGACACAUCUGACUCACGGCAGAACGAUUUAACUCUCGGGCUAUUCAAAAGCAAACCAGUGCAUCUCGGUCACUGCGCACCGUUGUUAGCGCGAAAUGUCAAUGCGUUCAUCCAUCAUAGUGAACGCCUUCAAUAAUUUACAUUGUUGUUUUUGUUUAGUGAGGGGCGGGUCGUUGCUCACACUUACAGAGUGACGGGGGAAAUUGGGCACCGUGAAGUGCCGUAUUUGGGGACCACUAUUAGGCUGCAUCACUGGGCAUGCUCCAUCUGGUGUGAGAGGGGGAAGCAGCGGGCAUGUUGUGAGCCACAUUCUUACCUUUUGUUUUUACCUUUAGAUUGUUUCUUUCCACUUCCCCGAUCUUGGAUGUCCGCUCCUGACUAGAUCCUCGCCUCCCUUUUUGCAGCAACAGUAGAUAGAGGAGGAAAGCGAGACGUGUCGGUGAUGCCGAGACAAAGAGCUGCACUCGGCUGCUGCGCGUCGGUGUGAAGGAGGCGCGUCUGGAGGAGGGAUCGAAUACAGUACCGGGAGGAUCAGAGGCAGCAGGGCAGGCGCUGUCUGCUCAGCACCAGCAACGCAAUCACCUUGACUCGGAUGAGCCUGUAAAAGGUGAAGAAUAGUUAGGCGUGCGGGCACCAUUAUCUGUCUGUUGGUUGUCGCUGGAUUUGGCGACGAUGUGCAGACGCCCAUUGUCCAUGCGAUGCCAUUGGCCGCGUUCAUUUUGGAUUUCGCCUGCAGCCUGACGGGCACGUCAGCGUCCACAUCUCCCAAGCUCGGCGCUGCCUGACGCGCGCGUCGAGCCAGCGGCGAUUCGCGUUUGCUUCCUGGCGGGGAGACGACAGGUGGCUCGGCGCGUGGCUCUCACCUUUGCCACCAUGACGAGGGGAACGUGGCUGAGCGAUGCUUAAGGGACGCGAUGGGCCUGAGCGACGACAAGGAUCGCAUCGUGAUCAACGUGGGAGGGAUCCGGCACCAGACGUACCGCAGCACCCUUCGAACCCUUCCCGGCACCCGCCUGUCGUGGCUGGCCGAGCCUGACGCUCCCAACCACUUUGACUAUGACGCUAAGAUCGAGGAGUUCUUUUUCGAUCGCCACCCGGGCGUCUUCGCGCACAUCCUCAACUAUUACAGGACAGGUAAGCUGCACUGCCCGGCCGAUGUGUGCGGGCCGCUCUACGAGGAGGAGUUGGCGUUUUGGGGCAUCGACGAGACGGACGUGGAACCGUGCUGCUGGAUGACCUAUCGCCAGCACCGGGAGGCGGAGGAGGCCCUUGAUAGUUUCGGCGGCGGAGGACUGUUGGACCUGGGAAACGACGAUGCCGAGCCCGAGCAGGAGCACGGGGAGGACGACGUGGAUGAGAUGACGCGGAGGCUGGCGCACGGAGACUCACCUGAUGUUCGCAGCGGCACUUUAUGGAGCCGCUGGCAAAAGCACGUUUGGGCUCUCUUCGAGGACCCCUACUCCUCCAAAUAUGCAAGGUGGGUGGCUCUGGCCUCGCUGUUCUUUAUCCUGGUUUCCAUCACCACGUUCUGUCUGGAGACCCACGAGUCCUUCAACCCUAUCAUCAACCGCACUGAGGUGGAACUGGUGGACAACGUCACGGUGGAGCACACGUACCAGGAGCCCGAGACAGCGGCCUACCUCACCUACAUCGAAGGCGUUUGCGUCGUGUGGUUCACUUUUGAAUUCCUCAUGCGAAUAACUUUCUGUCCAAACAAAUUUGACUUCAUCCGGAACGCUCUGAACAUUAUCGACUUUGUGGCCAUCCUGCCCUUCUACCUGGAGGUGGGUCUCAGCGGGCUCUCUUCAAAGGCAGCUAAGGAUGUGCUGGGUUUCCUCCGAGUGGUCCGCUUUGUUAGGAUCCUGCGUAUCUUCAAGCUCACUCGCCACUUUGUGGGUCUGAGGGUGCUGGGCCACACGCUGAGAGCAAGCACCAACGAGUUCCUUCUCCUCAUUAUUUUCCUCGCCCUGGGUGUCCUCAUCUUUGCCACAAUGAUCUACUAUGCGGAACGGAUCGGCGCAAACCCCAACGACCCUCGAGCCAGCGAGCACACGCAGUUCAAGAACAUCCCGAUCGGAUUCUGGUGGGCCGUGGUGACAAUGACGACCCUCGGCUACGGCGACAUGUACCCUCAGACCACCUCUGGUAUGCUGGUGGGAGCCUUGUGCGCCCUGGCAGGCGUGCUGACCAUCGCCAUGCCUGUCCCUGUGAUUGUCAACAACUUUGGAAUGUAUUACUCCCUGGCCAUGGCGAAACAGAAACUACCAAAGAAAAAAAAUAGGCACAUCCCACGGGCACCCCAACCUGGUUCUCCAAAUUUCUGUAAAUCGAGCAUCAGCUCACAACAUCAGAGCCCCGUUGCCCACGACGACGUUUUCGAGAUCAAGUUUCAAGAUUCCAAGCUGAACGGUGAGGCUGCGAACGCUGCUCUGGCCAAUGAGGACUGCCCUCACAUCGACCAGGCCAUAUCUCCUGAGGAAAUCUUCAGCCCCAGCGAAAGAGAGCGGCCCUGCUUCCUGGUCACCACGGCCGAGCGGCCCAACCACACAGGGGGCAGAGUGAGGAGGGGUUAUGAAAAGCCUUGGAGCCUUAACAGCAUGUCUGGCAUGAGCGGGGAUGCCUCUGGAGUGUCCUCAGUGUCCGCCCUGCCCUGCAGCCCACCCUGUCUAAUGCAGCACUCACAUUCUCCCAUCCCAUCCAUUAUGUAGCAUGGUUGAGUAGCAGAUACAAUGCCAUUGGAAGGCCAGUCCACACUUUUCCUCAAAACGUUUUUUUUUUUUUUCAGAUAUCCCCCCCUUUUCUUUUUUUUUUUUUCUUUUUGACACUUUCGUUCCUGCUUUCACAUUUUUAUUUUCCUUCUCCUGGAAAGCUGUAUCUCAACUGUUUGGAUACUCCCAAGGGUUCCCCUUGGGGGGGUGUCAUCAUAUCCUAGACUAGAAAGUCACUUUGGCGAUACGCCACAUGAGCAUGGGUCACCUCAGUCGCUGGCAAAAGCGCCGUUCUACAGGCUAACUCCACCUCUUUUCCCCCUAUGUUGACUUCAUUGCCUGUUGCUCUGUUGCUUUUGAUCUCGCAUACUUUUCUGCCAACGACUUUCUUCUUCUCAUCUGCUUUUGGCAAUCCUGUGAAAGAUGUAACGGUGUGCUGGACAUUAACAACACGUUGCUUUUAAAACAUAUCCAAACUGUAUCAUUGCCAGGUGUUAAGGAAACUCCUCUGAAGUGCUUUGUAUGUUGCAAAGUAGAGACGUUACAAUUCUGAACGCGCAAAACCAGCUAAUGUUAACGGAGUGGCCACGUAUGAGGGAAAAAAAAACAAACAAAAAAACAAACAGCAAGAUGAUGUCCAAUGCACAAAGGAGAUGAUGACAAUUCCUAUGAUACUAGUGAUGAAUAAUGUCAACGGAACUCAAACUGUUUGGUCCUUUGCAUGAACUGCAUGAGAAAUUAUGUUCUACAUUUACAAGCUAACUGUAUUGCAGUACCUGUAAGAGAAAACAUUGUCUUUCAUAAGCAUCGCAAAGCUUUGCCAUUUUUAUGCAUUUCUGAGACAGCUUUACAAGAGACUCAGUCAUAGCGAGAUUUUUAUGUAGCUGCCAUUCUUUGCCUUUCCCCAAUAUAUCAUAUAUAUUUUCUUGUAUUCAUUUGACUUCAUUUGACCACUGAAAUUAUUUCACUUGAGGUAUUUGGUACAAAGCCAGCUAUAAAGCUGGCAUGAGCAUUUUUUUUU